AUGGUGCGCAAAACAUCCUCGGGGUUCUUUACCUCGAUCCACGAAGACAUCCCCCUCCAUGUCUCUCGAGGAUAUGACCGCAUGGUGCAGCACAGUGCCUACUCUCUUCCCCCGAAACCUCCAUCCUCGCAGAAGCAGUUCUCACCAGAGAAAUACACCCAGCCCUACAUUGAUUUCAUGACCAACAAUCCCACUGUGUUCCACGCCGUCGAAGCAUUCACCAAAAGACUGGAAGAGGCAGGAUUCGUUUAUCUGUCCGAGAGGACGACGUGGGACGUCAAACCUGGUGGAAAAUACUACGCAAAGCGAAAUGGGAGCGCAUUUAUUGCUUUUGCUGUGGGCAAGGAGUACAAAGCUGGCAAUGGAAUCGGAAUAGUCGCUGGCCACGUCGACGCUCUGACUGCCAAAGUCAAGCCUGUUCCGAAACUGCCCACCAAAGCAGGCUACGUACAGCUGGGAGUAGCUCCCUAUGCCGGAGGCAUGAAUAUGACAUGGUGGGAUCGAGACCUGGGUAUUGGAGGUCGGGUUCUCGUGCGAGGCAAGGACGGGAAGAUCAAGGAAGAGCUCGUCAAGCUUGACUGGCCCAUUGCCAGGAUCCCGACACUUGCGCCUCACUUUGGCGCAGCCGCCUCGGGGCCGUUCAACCUUGAAACAAACAUGGUCCCAAUCGUGGGCAUCGAUAAUUCCGAUCUCUCUGGAAAGCAGGAAUCGGGCGUCGGUCUGCCAGCGGGAACAUUCGUCGCAAGCCAACCGGAGAGACUGGUGCGGGCCAUCGCCGGACAGCUGGGCAUAGAAGACUAUACGUCGAUUGUGAACUGGGAGCUGGAACUCUUUGACAUCCAGCCCGCCCAGCUGGGAGGUUUGGACAAGGAGUUUAUAUUCGCAGGUCGCAUCGACGACAAGCUAUGCUGCUUUGCCGCGGUUGAAGCGUUGCUAGCAUCCACCGACGAUGCGUCCCCUGGCAUCGUGAAAAUGGUUGGAUGUUUCGACGACGAAGAAAUCGGGUCUUAUCUCCGUCAAGGUGCCCGCAGCAAUUUCAUGUCCAGUGUGAUUGAGCGCAUUGCCGAAAACUUCUCACCUUCCUCCUGUGGCCCUAAUCUUAUCAACCAGACCUUGGCCAAUUCAUUCCUCGUGUCCAGCGACGUGAUCCAUGCCGUCAACCCAAACUUCCUGGGCGCCUAUCUCGAGAACCACUCACCCAGGCUGAACGUCGGCAUCACUGUGAGCGCCGAUCCCAAUGGCCACAUGACCACCGACAGCGUCUCGACCGCGCUGUUGUCCCGGAUAGCGACCAAGUGCGGUAGCACGCUCCAGGUAUUCCAGAUUCGAAAUGAUUCCCGGAGCGGUGGCACCAUCGGCCCCAUGACGAGUUCCAAGCUAGGCUGCCGUGCGAUCGACUGUGGCAUUCCGCAGCUGAGCAUGCAUUCGAUCCGCGCGACCACUGGCUCUCUCGACCCCGGCCUGGGGGUGAAGCUGUACAAGGGCUUCUUUGACUAUUAUGAAGAGGUUGACAAGGAGUUUGAUUGA